AUGUCCAGUCUUGAAGAUUUUUUUGCCAAGAAGGACAAUAAGAAAUCUAAAAAAAAAACAAAUUACUUGGCCACCGAUGAGCUGUACAAAACGCUGGAGGAAUCCGCAAAGCUGGCCACAGAGGCUGAUCCCGAUAAGGUCCUGGGAAUCGAGGCUCUCGUCGAGGGAUCGGGAUCCUCAACAUCUGGGAUAGCAAAACCCUUGGAGUUCGGCGUUCGUUUCUCGGACGAAGCCGUUGAAGAGGAGGACGAAUGGUGUGAUUUCACAGAGGAGAACCGCAUGCAGUAUACCAGUCUGCGCCGUAGCAUUCAGAUGAGUCAUAGCUCCACAAUGCUCACUCAAUUUUCCGGUGUCUGCGAGGUCAAAGGUCAGGACUCGGAGCAGCGGGAUACUGGAGGUGAUGGCAUCGACGUGGGUCAGGCUAAUGGUGAUGGCUUGUCCUCCUGUCCCUGGCAGAAAAUUGAGAAUCAACUGGAGCAGGAUCCGGUGAUGGAUCAGCAGCCGGAAAAGCAAGAACCGUCCGAGGUGAAGAGCCAGAUUUACAUUCCCCCCGCUCUGCGCCAGAGCCAAGGUGACUUCAAUCAGCGCCUCCAGGUGGAGAACCGCCAACGCAAAACUCACUCCAAGAUGUCGGGCAAACACCAAGCCCCCGAUCUCAAUAGCCCCGAAUAUUUCCCGACUCUAAGCGGCUCCAAGCCAACCAAACGCACAAAGUAGUCGAGAAAGUCGCUACCAUGUUUAAAGUUACCGUUGCUGUUUCAAAGUUAACUGAGAUCUAUUGUUUGUGGGCGGUCUGAAGCUAAAAC